ACGGUAUAUAAAAGCGGCCGGGGCGAGACGACCGGGUUCAGAAUACUCGCUACGCUCGAUCCACGCAUCGGGUGGUGGACCCGCCGUCGGUUGAGACAGGAAAGGGACAGAGAGAAGAGGGCACGAGGCACCGUGCUUCCUCCACCCAGCUUCCUUCCACCCGCUCCGCUCGUCUUCUUCGAGGAAUCUAAAUUUUCAGAGAGGCAGGAUGAAGGCCGUGGCAGUGUUAUUCCUGUCGAUCUCGUUGCUGGCCGCCCUGUGCCUGGCGACCCCGUUGACAGAGAAGCUCGACAAGAUGAGCGUCCUCGAGCAGCAGUCCGUGACGCUAACGGAUCGGGCCAAGUACGAGGAGGAGGUUCUAAGGAAGCUCAACUCCAAGUGCUCGCAAAACGACAUGAGCAGUUGCGUGAUGCUCAAGCUGGUCACGUACAUGAACAAGCUGCUGAAGAAGGCGUCGAUCAAGUUGACCGACGACAUCGAGAUAAGAAAAACGAGCCAAGCAUCCGAGGAAGUGAUCACGUUCGAGGCAGGGAGGAGCAAAGACGAUGAAUCCGAGGUCCUCGACCUCGUCGCCAACAAGGUGUACGCGUUCGUCAGGUCGAGGAGCAUCAAAUGGAGGAUCCUGCCCGAGGACGACGUUGUAGUUUCCGCGUCCGAGGAUGAGAACGGAUCGCUGAACCUCGGACUCUCCAUCGAGAGGGCGGAUAACGUUCCCGUACAAGAUGGUCGUGGCAAGAAGAACAAUAACAUGGGCCCGUUGAUCGCAGCUGCUGUGCUGAAGAUCGGUCUGAUCGGAGGUCUCGCCUUUAAAGCGCUCGCGCUAUUGGUCGGGAAAGCGUUGCUCCUCUCCAAGAUCGCUCUGUUGUUGGCCGGUAUAAUAGGCCUGAAGAAGCUGUUCUCCCAGCAGAAACACGUGACGUACGAGGUGGUAGCCCAUCCUCAUCACAGCUCCAGCCACACGUUCAGCUCGGACCACGGCCACGGCGACAGCUACUCGAGCGGUUGGGCCAGAAGUUUCCAGGAGCCUAUUUCCGGUGUCCAGGGUGACGCCGCCCACGAGUUGGCCUACUCGGCGCACGCGAAAUAAAAAGAAGAAGAAGGAAAGGAGAUCCCGUGCUAUUCGUGGUACUCGAAAUUUUUCUCCGCCAUCGUUCGCCAAUUUUCGGGGCCAAUUUUUCUUGCCAACACGCUGCUCUUCUUGCCUCCUCUCCAUUUCUCUUCGUUUCUCCCUCCCUCUCUUCGCCCGAUUCCUUUCGAAGCGAGACGACUCUUUGCUGUUCGACCGUGGACAGUAGACUUGGACAGAUCGUGACGGAGUUUGGACAGAGUUUCUUUCGAAGAACGAUGCGAAAUAAUUUUCAAAUUUUGCACACGUCGUAUGAAUACGUAGCGUUGCCAUCCAUAUUUUCAUUUUCGAUACGAUUCUUAUUCGCGCCAUCUUCUUUUCUUUUACUUUUAAUGCCGCGUUCAAUGGGUUUUCCGACGCUUGGCAAUCCAAUAUGUUCGAUCGAGGAAUCGCGUUCCCACGAGCUCAUCGAGCGCUCGGAUCACGUUUAUAGGUAGACGGACGAACGAGACGCACCCAUCGACACGGAAUACUACUACUACUACUACUACUGCUACUACUGUUACUACUACGUCGACGAGUGGACUGUUUCCAUAACAACUGUAACUAUACUCUAUUUAUCGACUAAUUUAUGAUUAAUUUAUUCGCCACAUAGGCGCAGUACUGUAAAAUAAUGUUAUUAUUUACGUUGUUAUUUACUGUAUAAAUAAAUAUUUAUUUUGUUGUUAUUUA